GAGAAUUAGGACCCAGCAGGCUUGGCACCCCAGCCCCCUACGUCCCUGCCAAUCAGGAUGGCCAUUUGCCCCCGCAGAAGGGGAACGGCUGGGGACAGAGUAUGGCCCUGUCUGUCCCGUGUUGCAGGAUGCCGUCCCCCGGGGAAGCAGGAGUGAGUCAUCGGCUCACAUGGAAACAACUCAUCUUCCUGGCUGCCCAGGGUUUCCCUCGGCUGCAGCAGUUAUCCUGGAAGGGCACGGAAGGGGACAGUGAGAUUUAGGGAGGGGUGCAAUUCCAGGCUGGCUUCCCCUCCAUCAGAACUGGGCCUUCUAUCUCAAGGCCCCCCAGGGGUCUGAGGAUGGCCUCCCCCACUGAGGAUGGCCCGGCCCCUGGAGCAGGCAGUAGCUGCCGUCGUGUGCACCUUCCAGGAAUAUGCAGGACGCUGCGGGGACAAGUACAAGCUCUGCCAGUCGGAGCUCAAGGAGCUGCUGCAGAAGGAGCUGCCCACCUGGACCCCGACUGAGUUUCGGGAGUGCGACUACAAUAAAUUCAUGAGUGUCCUGGACACCAACAAGGACUGCGAGGUGGACUUCGCCGAGUACGUGCGCUCGCUGGCUUGCCUCUGUCUCUACUGCCACGAGUACUUCAAGGAGUGCCGCCCAGAGCCCCCCUGUGCUGAGUAGCCUCCACCGGGGGCUGGCCUUGGGCAGUCUCCCACGCCCUGCCUGUCCUUCCUCCGGUCACUCUUUGGAUCUGGAAUGGCCCAGGUUCACCCAUUUUACCCAGGGCUCAGAGACCUUCCCAGGAUGCCCAGAUGCCCGGCUGGCGAGGUGGAGGGGCAGCUAUCAACCCCCGCUGCUUCCCUGCUGUGGACGGAGGGGUCGGCUCUGAGGCCAGGCCCAGCAGGGUGUGCACAGGCGAUGCCAGGGGGGAAGGGCCUGUCUAACCCUAAUAAAGCCCUGGUGUCAGC